CGGAUUUCAGCCGGAGAACGGCUUCAGCAGCCAUGGCGUCUGGGAAAGGCUUUCCCUGACCGGCCCAGAGACUAGGAAGCACUUUCUGUAUUUUUGGGAGCGUGGAAAAAGUCUUGCGGAUCUUUUGAAUUUCUCUUUGUCUUUCUCUCCCCACCCGCCGAUUCUCUUCUAACGGGGAGAGAAUAAUUGGUCGCAAUGAAGGAUUACAAGCUUCCCAAGGAGAGGAAAAUGAAUAUUUAUCACCCACCUUCUGGGGCCAAAGUGCAGGCUUUUAACUCGGGCUUGAAAUACAGCAGUAAAACAGAGGACAUGAACGGCUUCGAGGAAGGGGUUGAGUUCCUCCCUACCAUGAAUGCCAAGAAGCUGGAGAAGCGUGGCCCGAAGCGGUGGGUGCUGGUGGUAGCCAUCGUAUCUGUUAGCCUCCUCCUCUCCCUCUUGGUGGGGUUCCUCGUCUGGCACUUCAAAUACAGGAAUGCCCUUGUGCAGAAGCGCUACAAUGGUCACCUGAGGCUCACGGGGGCCCGAUUCAUCGAUGCCUAUGAAAAUUCUACUACUUAUGAAUUUACUGUCCUGGCCAGUACAGUUAAGCAAAUGCUCACCGACAUCUAUCAAAAUAACCAGGAUGUUGGUCCUUUCCACAAGAAGACGAUGAUAACUGCUUUCAGUGAGGGAAGUGUUAUAGCUUACUACCGGUCAGAGUUCAGUGUCCCAAAAUACAAGGCGAAUGCGCUGGACAAGGCCAUGGCAAACAUCGGGGCUUUCCCUCAAGCGGGGCCAACAAAGCUCCGGAACCCAGAGCUGCGGGUCGAGUCGCUCGUUGCUUUCCCUUCUGAUCCAGAUAUAAUGAAGACUUCAUGGAACAGAAGCUGCCAUUACGCCUUACAUGCCAAAGAAGGUGUCGUCACCACCUUCACCACGCCGGGAUUCCCCAACAGCCCCUACGCAAACAACGCACACUGCCUCUGGGUGCUGAGGGCCGAUGCAGACUCUGUCAUUAGUCUGACCUUCACGACAUUCGAUGUGGCGCCAUGUCACAUGGGCGACGACUUCGUCAAGGUGUACAACUCACUGAGCCCGGUGGAGGCCCAUUCACUGGUGAAGCUGUGUGGCAGCUAUAAUCCAUCAUACAACCUGACCUUUGUUUCCUCGCAAAAUGUUAUGCUGGUCAUGUUAAUCACAGAUGCUAAAGGGAGGUACCCAGGAUUCAAGGCACAGUUCUUCCAGAUGCCAAAGAAGAAAUCCUGUGGCGGAGUUUUGAGUGGCAUGUCUGGCAAUUUCAACACCCCUUAUCACCCAGGCCACUAUCCUCCUAAUAUGGAUUGCACCUGGAAUAUACAGGUCCCCAGAGACAUGAACGUGAAAGUGAGAUUCCAAGAGUUCUUCCUUGUGGAGCCCGGAAUUCCGCUGGAUUCCUGCACCAAGGACUACGUCGAAAUCAACAAUGUGAAGUACUGUGGUCACCGGGAAAACUUGGUGGUAUCGAGUCAAACCAACCAAAUUACUGUCCGCUUCCAUUCAGACUCUUCAUUCGUGGACAGUGGCUUUCAGGCGGAGUUCUUGUCUUAUGACUCUAAUGACCCGUGCCCAGGCAGAUUCAGCUGUCCCAGCGGCAACUGCAUCGACAAGUCGAGGCUCUGCGAUGGCUGGCUGGACUGCCGGGAUGGUGCUGACGAGAGGAACUGCACUUGUACAGAGAAGCAGUUCCAGUGCCAGAAUGGCUGGUGCAAGUCGAAGUUCUGGGUGUGCGACGGUGUGAACGAUUGUGGGGACAACAGUGAUGAGCUGCAGUGCCAAUGUCCAGCCGAUAACUUCAAAUGCAGCAACGGAAAAUGCAUCCCGGGCCCCCAGAAGUGUGACGGCAAGGACGACUGCGGGGAUGGCAGCGAUGAGGGCAAGUGUGACUCCACCGCCGUCGUUCCCUGCCAACAAUACACCUAUAAAUGCCGCAACAGUUUGUGCGUGAACAAGAGGAAUCCAGAGUGUGAUGGCAAGAAGGACUGUAGUGAUAACUCAGAUGAGGACAACUGCAACUGCGGCAUACGAAGCUACAGCAAGCAGUCCCGAAUCGUAGGUGGGCAGGAUGCGGAUGUGGGCGAGUGGCCCUGGCAGGUGAGCCUGCAUGCACGAGAUGAGGGCCAUGUCUGCGGGGCCUCCUUGAUUUCGGAGAAGUGGCUGGUGACGGCAGCACAUUGCUUUCGGCAGUUAAACUUUGUCAGGUAUGAGGAUCCCAAGAUAUGGACAGCUUUUCUGGGGCUUCAUGACCAGCAGAAAAGAUCCAGCAGCUAUGUUCAGAAGCGGAGCAUCAAGAGCAUCAUCCGCCACAACUAUUUCAACGACUAUACCUUUGACUUUGAUAUUGCUGUGAUGGAACUGUCCAGCCCAGUCACCUUCAGCAAGGAGAUUCAGCCCAUAUGCCUGCCUGAUGCCAGCCAUGAAUUCCCUGCUGGCAAAGCCAUCUGGGUGACUGGAUGGGGAGCUACUAAAGAGGAAGGUAUCGGUGCCACAAUUUUGCAGAAGGCAGAAAUCAGGGUGAUCAAUCAGACCAUGUGCAACACACUGCUGCCCAAUCAGAUGACAGUGCGCAUGAUGUGCGUCGGGAUCCUCGCAGGAGGUGUUGAUGCCUGCCAGGGAGAUUCCGGUGGACCCCUGACCAGCAUAGAAACCAACAACAGGAUGUUUCUGGCUGGCAUAGUCAGCUUUGGAGACGGCUGUGCCCGACGGAACAAGCCAGGUGUCUACACUCGGGUCACACAGCUACGGGACUGGAUCAAAGAGAAAACAGGCGUGUAGGUAGCCUUGGUGGCUGAGAUGAUGGCACAUCUCCAGUGGAUUUUUUUGUCUCUGGGUCUGUCGAGCUGGUGGUUGAAGACAUCCCCACUUGAUGUGAUGGGAACUCAGCAUACCUUUGUCGCUCCCAUAUCUUCUUGUCUGUUCAUUGAGUUUUGUGUUGGCUACGGUUGGGUUUUAGUUUUUGUUUUGGACAGAAAAUGAUACAUCUGGAUUACUUGUGUAUGGCCCAUCAGAUGGACAGCUACCAUUUCUAGUUCUCUCCCACCUCUGCAAAUAUUUUCCACCCCUCCAUCUCAAGAGACUGGAUGAAUUUUUCUUUUAAUGGAAACCUGUUUCUUGGAGGGUUCAAAUCUAUGUGCAGGGACCAGGUGCUCUGCAGCAGAACAUUCCUCUGGAGGGAAGGCCCCAGUGGGAAUGGACCACAUGGCCCUUAAGUGCCCACCAGUUAACAGUGUGAAGGAAGAGGACUGUCUGCUCAGAAAUGAAGUUGCAUUGUGUGUAGGUUUCUGGAGACCUGGCAGGACGAAGCGAGAAUCUUUGGCUUUAUGACUAAUCCACAUAGCCAGUGUCUGUGACCUGUGCAUUUCUUUCCCACUUCUCAUCUUGCAUGCUCCAGCCCAUGAAUGUGACAGCAGCUAUAAUGCUCUUAAGCAAAACAGCUUUGAAGGCAGUGGCUGCCUUUAUUCCUUCUGUUUCCUGGCUUGCAGUCAUCCAGGGACGUAAUAGUAUGGGAAAGUGUUUUAUCCCAGCAUCCUGUGCUGGCAAACCAUUUUCUGACAUUGCCCACCAAGGACAGAUGGUGAUACCCAACUUCAUCCAUGGGGGCUGGGUACUAGCACUGGAACUGCUGAUUUUUUGUCUUACUUUCCCCCAUCUUCCAAAGCAUAUGUUUUGAUGUUAUCAGCACAAGUUGUUUAUAACUUUCUGUAGCCAAGAGGGACAGUCUUGCUGCUGUAGUUGGAAGAAGUCUGCAGUGGCAGUGGUCUACCUGGGUGCCCCACUAAUUGAUGCUUCUUUGCAUUUAGCACUGCAUUUUAGCAAUAUGCUCUGUAGACUUGUUAUAUGCUUUGCUGAAAUAUCUCAGAUUUGGUUCCCUCCCUUCCCAAGUUCUUAGCUUGCUUCUGUUUUCUCUGUGGCCGACAGCAGGUCACUCUGGCUCCAUGGACUAGUUAAAACAUUUUGUCAUCUUCUGUGUCAACACAGUUUUCCAAAGCAAGGCUUCUGUUGUCCUUGAAGGCCGAUUCAGGCCAUCACUGGCUUUUGCCUGGUGGUUAAACCUUUGGUUGCCUUCAAUGUUAAAGCCUAGAACCAAAUAUGAAACUCUUGAAAUUCUGUGCCUUGUUCUAAAGGUCCUGUUGAAAUAUGGAGGGCUGGACUCGUGUGCCUUAACUGGUUGCAGGAUUGUACCUUGUUGGGUGGAAAUUGCUCUGAAAAUGUUUUCACUGCAGAGCAUGCCUUUACACAUGAGUAGGCAGCCAGGUGCUCUCUAGAACAUUUGGACUACAGUUCCUAUCAUUACCAGCCACAUGAUUGGGGAUUGUGGAAGUUGUAGUCUAAACCAUCUGAAUGGCACCUUGCUGAGGAGCAGGGUUAUGGGUGCAGGUAGGUGAUCAUGAACAGCAAGGGGAUGUUGGAUCUUCACAUGACUAAUUUCUGACUUGAGCUUUUUCAAAAAGUACCAAGGUGGAUCUUGAAUAUUGUAUAUCCCCCUGAGCAAGAAGCGUUCUAAGAUAAGAUACCCAUUUUGACAAGUUGUGUGAGAUGCUGUACAUUUCCCCUUAAGUUCUGAGCUGGGCACUCCAUUGUGUACUGAGAAUGGUAUUCUGGCAUUUGUCAUCUUUCGGAAGGAGUUGUGUGGCAGGUUGAGGCAAGGAUGGGCAAGUUGUGGCCCUCUAGAUGUUUUGGUGUAUCUCUCGCAACACGCUUCAUUAUUGGCCAUGCUGGUUGACGCUCACAGAAGAUGUAAGCCGAAAGAGUUGGAGAGCAACCUGUUGUCCACCCCUUGCUAGGUGGCCAUCAUGGGACUGCGCUCUCUGGAGCGAAUGGAUCUAAGACACUAGCUGCACUUUGAAUACAUCCCCCUGCCCUGUUAUUUCUUAAUAGAAGUAGGUAGAGCCAUAAAGUUAGUGCACUAACGGGGCCUGCGUGUCCACCACAGCCCAGUGUUGCUUAAUGCAGCUGCGUGGAUUGCAGCGUGUCCAGCAGCCAUGGUGAACGUUCAGCCUCCAGCAGGAGAUUGUCCUAGUUUAUCAUAUUAUCUGCACCUGGGCAGCACGGGUUGUAGUGUAACCACUCCCUCCUUGGGAACAGAAUAAUUAGCAUGGCUGCCGGUACACACUGCAACC